GAAGACAUCAAAGAAGAAUAAACGAAAAACCCACACUUUUUUUUUUUUUUUGCAAAUCUCUUGAUGCAUUUUUUUUUAUAAUUUUAUUCUGGGUUGUAAGCUGUUGAAACAGUGAAGAAGAAGAAGAAGAAGAAGAUGGUUGCAAACAGUUUUUAUUUGUGGCAAAAAGAUGCCUUCUUUUCUGCAGCAGAAGAGGUUCAAGAAUCAGCUGAUAUAAUGGAAUCAGCAUAUAGGUUUUGGAUCAAACAGAGGAGAGAAGGGCUAAAAACUGAAGAUUCUGCUGAACUUUGUGGAGAACUGCAAACUGCUUUAGGUACUGCUAAAUGGCAGUUAGAAGAGUUUGAGAGAGCAAUACAGUUGAGCCAUGGACAUCGUAGCGAUGAUAUUACAGCAACUAGGCACAAACAAUUUAUUACUGCUAUCGAGAGUCAGGUUUCCCGUGUAGAAGCAGCUUUAAAAGAAGCAUUUUCCGAGGAGGGGAAGCAACCCCUUCAGUGGGUUAAUUUAGAUGAAGAAGAAUGUGAUGAUCUGGCAAUCUUCCUUUCCAGAACUUCUCAGAUAUUGCAAGCAUCUGCGAAGAACACUUAUUUGGAGAAUUGCCAUAAGAGAAAGGACACAGAUUCUAAUUUCAAUGCUACUUGUAAUGGAGAUACUUCUGAGGUGAAAACUUCCAAAGAUUAUAGUAAAGAUGCUGAGUGUGUCAUCGAUGUAGAAGACGGUGAAACUUCUGGAAGGGCUGCUGACGUAAGUUGUGGACAAGAGAGAACAACUGGUGCAAGGAAAACAUGGAGUUCACCAAAUUUUGGUGCACUGAGAAUUGUAAUUGCUGAUGAAUAUGAUAAUAGAAGCGAAAUCAGGUCAGGCAAUCAGUCCACACCUAAAGAUAAAGAUUCAAAGCUUUUCUUCAAUAAGCAAAGGUGUGGAGAUCUUCCUCGGGCCAAGGGUGCUUUUAAUUUAUUCUAUCAGUGCUCUGGCUGGGUUGGUGGGUUAUCACGACAUCUGCAAAGUCCAGUACACUUGCAGUUUAGUUACUCACUGCAACUUACACUUGCUUUAUUGAUAGCUAUUUUUCUUAUCGUGCCUUUUGUGCUUUAUUCAAGUUGAGAGC